GAUGUGCUUUGUGUUGCAGAGAAAUAGCUUUUCCAGAACUCUCAACCCUAAACUUGUCACUGGAAAUAAAAUCUGGGAUUUAUUCUGGUGGUCAAGGGGUGGUAGCUAUCUCUAGGACCUAGUAUAUCAGCCUCGCUCGUCUUCCUCACUUUUCUCAGUGUCACGAGCCACGCGGAAUUGGGCGCGCGGGUGCAUCGGUUACAGGUGAAAGGCGGGAGCCAAUAUCGAAUAUAUCUGGGAACCACGGCACUUGGAUACAGAUGGACAGAGCUACAGUCGGUCUUUUGGAAUAUAGUCACAAUCUUUACGCGCAUUCCGGGUGCAUUGCCAAAUCUCUGUGGUGUAAUUAAUGCACAGGCUCUUGGUCGCAACUUUACUGCUGGGUUCUCAGAAAGAAAAUCAAAGGGGGAUACCUUGAGCUAGUCAGAUAGCCUAGCUGUCAACCGCCUCAUUGUUUUGCUGCGACUAAGUGACAGUUGCCUUGAAGGUUUGGAUUUCAGCAAUGAGCGAGCGAUGGAAUUUAUCACAUUAUUUAGCGGUGUUGUUCUCGAUGAUGGUACUGUGGCAGUCAAGAUCAAGAGUGGAAUCGUCUGCAUAUGCUUCAGAGGCCUUCAAAAACAAUAUCACUCUGUUCACCCGGAUCUUGGACAGCCUUCUGGAUGGCUAUGACAACCGAUUACGACCUGGACUUGGCGAUCGGGUGACAGAGGUGAAGACUGAUAUUUAUGUCACAAGUUUCGGUCCAGUGUCAGACACAGAUAUGGAAUACACUGUGGACGUGUUCUUCCGCCAGAGCUGGGUUGAUGAGCGGCUGAAGUUCAAUGGGCCAAUGAACAUCCUGCGGCUGAACAACCUGAUGGCCAGUAAGAUCUGGACGCCAGAUACCUUCUUCCACAAUGGGAAGAAGUCUGUGGCUCACAACAUGACCAUGCCCAACAAACUGCUCCGUAUCAUGGAGGAUGGAACACUGCUGUACACUAUGAGGUUAACGGUCCAGGCGGAAUGUCCCAUGCACCUCGAAGACUUCCCUAUGGAUUCCCACUCCUGUCCACUGAAGUUUGGCAGUUAUGCCUACACAUUGGCCGAAGUGACGUACAUUUGGACUCGAAAUGCAUCAGCGUCAGUGGAGGUAGCAGAAGACGGAUCCAGACUGAACCAGUAUCACCUUCAGGGCCAAACUGUGGGGACAGAGACCAUUAAAUCAAGCACAGGUGAAUAUACCGUCAUGACAGCCCACUUCCACCUGAAGAGGAAGAUUGGCUACUUUGUGAUCCAGACGUACCUGCCCUGCAUCAUGACAGUCAUCCUCUCCCAGGUCUCUUUCUGGCUCAACCGAGAGUCUGUACCCGCCAGAACUGUAUUUGGUGUGACCACUGUGCUCACUAUGACGACUCUCAGUAUCAGUGCCCGUAACUCUCUGCCGAAGGUGGCCUACGCCACGGCCAUGGAUUGGUUCAUCGCGGUGUGCUACGCCUUUGUGUUCUCUGCCCUCAUCGAAUUUGCUACCGUCAACUACUUCACCAAAAGAGGCUGGGCCUGGGACGGCAAAAGUGUGGUCAACGUCAAGAAGAAGGAGGCAUCCGUCAUGAAGAAGAACAAUGCCUACGCCGUUGCUGUGGCAAACUACGCUCCAAACAUCACCAAGGACCAAGGUGGUAUGCCCACCAUCUCCAAGAGUGCCACCUCUGACCCCAACAAGGCCAAGCCAGAGGUCAAGCCCGAGCAGAACAAGAAGACCUUCAACAGCGUCAGCAAAAUCGACCGUAUGUCCCGGAUUAUGUUCCCUGUGCUCUUCGGCGGUUUCAACCUGGUCUACUGGGCCACCUACCUGAGAGAACCAGUCAUAAAGGACAUGGUCCCGUCCAAAUGAAUAAAAAAUAUUCACUUUGCAAGGAGACAGGACUCACUUUACACAGGUGACCCAGGACUGAUGAUCUGUGUGCUUUUAUGUGUGUGAGUUUGGCUACAUAGAGCCGUGGCAUACACUGGAGUCAGUAUGGUUGCUUUCUUUUUUAGGUGCAUUCAUUACAAGGAGAUACCCAGGUAAAUGAUGACUAACUUCUAGUUGAAUUGUAAUUUGUUUGAGAGUUUAUACUUGUAAAGAGGUUAACACUUAACUUGAUUGUUUGUUUAUAGUGCUGUAAGGAUCUUAUACUUACAUAAAUAAAGAAACCACUGGUGCUUUCUCUACCUUCUAUUUGAACCUCAAAGAAACCAACUGCCAUAAUUCAGUCAACACACAAAAUAGUUACCAAAAUCCUAGUUGUAACCCUGUAUUGAAGACUCCUGUAUGAGAAAGCACAUACACCAAUUUCCUGUUUUUGCUCCAUUAUUAACCUAUACCAUGCCCUUCAUAUCUUAUGAUGUAAAUGUUUGUUUCCACUAUUCUUUACGUUAAUCGGAUCAAAUUCAUAAGUUGGAAAUAAAGACCGUACAGUCA